GGCAAAAUCACUGAGGGAACAAAAGCUCCAUAUUCCUCUCAUUUGUUUCUAUUCUCUUCUUCAUCUUCCUCCUCUGCUAUUUGAUUUUGAAUCUUUGAUCUCUGCGAAAGUCUGCACAAGACGUGAUUUUGAGGCAAACCCAUUUCGAUUCACGCAUUCAAUUUGAUUAAAACCAAGGCGGGAAUCUCGAAUUCGGAUCUUUCCACUGGUGGGUCGGAAACACCCCAAUGCGGUCUACGAGAAGACCACAAGGAAGAAUAAGAACAGCGAAAAGGAACCAAUCAGAGACGGAUUCGGAGAUUGGAUCGGAGAGGAAGGUUGGAAUCUGAUCGACGGAUCUGAUGUUGGGAUUGGGAUGUUUAGGAAUUAGGGUUUUUGGAUACAAAGGAUGCAGCUUCACAUAUCGCCUAGCAUGAGAAGCAUCACGAUUUCGAGCAGUAAUGAGUUUACUGACUUGAUGAAGAUCAAACUCGCAGCUCGUCACAUCUCUUCCCGAACUCUCUUCCACACCAUUUUGAUUCUCGCUUUCUUGUUGCCUUUUGUCUUUAUCUUAACCGCUCUUGUUACCCUUGAAGGUGUCAACAAGUGCUCCUCCAUUGAUUGUUUAGGGAGGCGGUUAGGUCCACGUUUUCUUGGUAGGGUAGAUGAUUCAGAGAGACUAGCUAGAGACUUUUAUACAAUUCUAAACGAAGUAAGCACUCAAGAAAUUCCAGAUGGUUUGAAGCUUCCAGAUUCUUUUAAUCACCUUGUCUCAGAUAUGAAGAAUAACCACUAUGAUGCAAAAACAUUUGCUCUUGUCCUGCGAGCCAUGAUGGAGAAGUUUGAAAGGGAUAUUAGAGAAUCUAAAUUUGCAGAACUCAUGAACAAGCACUUUGCAGCAAGUUCCAUUCCCAAAGGCAUUCAUUGUCUCUCUCUAAGACUGACAGAUGAAUACUCCUCCAAUGCUCACGCUCGUAGACAACUUCCUUCACCAGAGCGUCUCCCUGUUCUUUCAGACAACGCUUUCCACCAUUUCAUCCUGGCCACAGACAAUAUUUUGGCUGCAUCAGUUGUGGUCUCAUCCGCUGUUCAAUCAUCUUCAAAACCCGAGAAAAUUGUCUUCCACAUUAUCACAGACAAGAAAACCUACGCGGGUAUGCAUUCAUGGUUCGCUCUCAACUCUGUUGGACCUGCUAUUGUGGAAGUUAAAGGUGUUCAUCAGUUUGACUGGUUGACGAGAGAGAAUGUUCCGGUUUUGGAAGCUGUGGAGAGCCAUAAUGGUGUCAGGGACUAUUACCAUGGGAACCAUGUCGCUGGUGCAAACCUCACUGAAACAACUCCUCGGAGAUUUGCUUCAAAAUUACAGUCUAGAAGUCCCAAAUACAUAUCUCUGCUCAACCAUCUUAGAAUAUAUAUACCUGAGCUUUUUCCGAACUUGGACAAGGUGGUGUUCUUAGACGAUGAUAUAGUUGUCCAGAGAGACUUGGCUCCACUUUGGGAUAUUGACCUUGGUGGUAAGGUCAAUGGAGCAGUGGAAACUUGCAGGGGUGAUGAUGAAUGGGUGAUGUCAAAGCGUUUAAGGAACUACUUCAACUUCUCUCACCCUCUCAUUGCUAAGCAUUUAGAUCCUGAAGAAUGCGCUUGGGCAUAUGGUAUGAAUGUCUUUGAUCUACAAGCUUGGAGGAAGACAGAUAUCAGAGAAACGUAUCACUCUUGGCUUAGAGAGAAUCUAAAGUCAAAUCUGACAAUGUGGAAGCUGGGAACCUUACCUCCUGCUCUUAUCGCGUUUAAGGGUCAUGUUCACAUAUUAGACCCGUCAUGGCAUAUGCUUGGGUUAGGCUAUCAGAAGAACACCAACAUAGAAAAUGUCAGGAAAGCUGCAGUGAUCCAUUACAAUGGGCAGUCAAAGCCAUGGCUUGAGAUUGGUUUCGAGCAUCUCAGACCAUUCUGGACAAAAUACGUCAACUACUCCAAUGAUUUCAUCAAGAACUGUCACAUCAUGGAGUAGCAA